AUGACCGAACCAGACCAACGCGUCGGAAAGCGCAAAACGCAUACAAAGUCGCGUCGCGGCUGUUUCCAGUGCAAACAACGUCACACCAAAUGCAAUGAGGCACGUCCCCGCUGUGCCAACUGUGUUCGUCUUGAUGUACAAUGCACAUGGCCACCAAUACCAGACAGCUAUCCGCCCUCACCACGAUCAAACCCAGGCAGCCAUAUCUCUGUCAGUAGUCCCGAGACAACACAGCAUGUAGACAGUUUCGAUCUUUCUAUCCCGGAUAUGCGUUUACUACAUCAUUGGACAUCGAAGUGUUACCAAUCAUUGCAUCCCGAUGUUCCCAUGAAACAUGAUCUCUGGCAAAAUCAAAUGGUCGAGCUAGGUUUUGAGCAUCCUUUUCUGCUCCAUGGCCUGCUUGCCUUGUCUGCUGUUCACAAAGCUGCUAGUGCACCGCCCGGCGACAGGCAGAGUCUCCUUCUCCAGGCCGAUUCGCACAUGAGUCGAGCUUUGGAGACGCAUAGAAGACUUCUCGAAGAGCCGACUGUGGCGACAGCCGUUCCUAUGUUCUCAUUGUCGUCGACUCUGGUCACCUACAACCUUGCCUCAGCACAGCUAGAGAAACCGGAAGAUCCGAUUGGCUCUCUUCACCACUGCUUCAUGUUGCUUCAAGGUGUCAAAGUAGUGCUCGAUCCGCAAUGGGAUCAGAUUGGAUCCACUACUGUGUUUGCUGAGAUGUCCGCAAUGGUCUUGGGUGAUGAAACGUUGAAAUCUGUGGACGACCGAGCCAAGGGAUAUGAGGUUCCGGAAAUUUUACGUCUGAACGAGUUGACCGAACUUCUUCUUAAUUCCGAAGACAAGAGAGCAUGCACAAGUGCCACCAGCGAGCUCCACGCGACUGCUUUACGCUUUCGACAUAUGCCUCCACAGAGUGACUGCUAUUCUCUUCUUUUGCGCUGGGGAUGGAACCUGCCAGAACGUUUCAUGAAGCUCCUAUCCUCACACAACCCUGUCGCCUGUAUUAUCACUGCUUAUUUUGCUGCACUGUUGGCGCAGGGAUACCCAAUCUGGUGGAUCGCCGAAUGGCCGCAACGUAUUCUCUACGCAACCGAGCAGCUAUUGGCGACAACAGCGGAGUUGUCUAGAUGGCUUGAUUGGCCGCGACACAUGAUAAACACUAGGAGCUGGAGCACAACCACUACCCCCUUGUCUUCAUGA